GCCAAAAUGAAAAUUGACAGAAGUAGGUUGAAAAAGUGCAUUUCUGAAGCGCCGGCAGAAUGUCAGGCUCUUAUAAAUAAGCUGCGUUCAUGCUCCCAUGCAGAAUUGCUGGAGGAGCUGAAGCAAAUAGAUGCAUGGACCUUUGGAAAAUGUGAACUGUUCCAUUGGAUUGAUGUAUUGGAUCUUAAUGACAAUAUUUUGGAAGAAGCUGCUGCAAGAAGUCCCGACAAUCCAUGGGAAUUAGCUUGUGAUCUUCCUCAAAACAGAGAGUAUAAUGAAUUACCACAAUUGUGUGUGUGUGUGCGCAUAUAACUUUGGAUUCUUCACUUCACAACAUUAUUGAUUGAACACUCAUUCUCACGGCAUUUGUACAACAGUAUGGAACAUCUGGUGUCCUUGUUAUCAAGCUGUGAUAUGCAUGUUGUUCUCGGUGUUCUAAAUCUUCUCUACAUGUUCAGUAAACGUAGUAAUUUCAUUACACGUUUAAACAGUGAUAAAAGACAAGCUUUAAUAAGUAGACUUAAUCAUCUGGCUGAGAGCUGGGGUGGAAAAGAAAAUGGAUUUGGUUUGGCAGAAUGUUGUAAAGAAUUUCCAGACAAGCCACUUCCAGCAAGUGCUACGACAUUACAUUUUGAAUUCUAUGCAGAGAAUUCAAACACAGACACAACGGGUACCGUGGUGAACACUGGUACAAAAAAACUUGGGCAGACAAAUUUUGUAACGUAUAUACACAUAGAGAAUGUGGAUAAACUUGGUAAAACACCAGCACAAAUAAUGAAUGAUUUAUUAAAAGUCUAUAAUGUACCUCAAGAUCGACAGAUGGCGCUGUUCACACACAUAAGACUGGCACACAGUUUUUCCGACUACCGAAGACGUUUACAAUGUGUGCAAGCUCGGCUGCAAGCGUUGUCAGUACUUGUAUAUAAUAAUGCGCUUCAGGAAAAUGCAGAUAGUUUGCUGCAUGCUGGGCUUUUAGAAGAAUUAGUAGAAUUAAUGGAACUUCCGCACGCACAUCUUGUUGAGAUGCGUGCAGCAGCAUUGCGGACUCUUACUAGUAUCAUUCAUUUGGACCGUAAUCCACAUUUUCCAAAAAAACCUGGUUCACGGUUGAAUAUGAUAAUCGAUGUUACCGGAGCAAGUUCGUAUCACGGAUUUUUCCCUGUAUCAAUUCGUACGUGCAUUUCGCAGUUGACUUCGCCACCACUGGAUGGACCACCAUUUCCUUUGCAACUCGCAACGGCAUUGUUUAGCUUCCUGUAUCAUUUAGCCAGCUACGAAGCUGGAGGUGAAGCGCUCAUUAGUUGCGGAAUGAUGGAAAGCUUGUUGAAAAUUAUGAACUGGCCUGGCACUGAACUGGAGCAUAUAACCUUCGGUACAAGGGCAGUUCGCGUAAUAGACUUGAUGACAAACAUAGAUAUGCAAGCAUUCCAAGCUCACAAUGGCCUAGCAAGUUUUAUCAAUCGUAUCGACAUGGAGGUGAACGUAUGCCGAAAGGAACAACCGUUUGAGAUUGAACCGUAUAUAUACCCGGAUAAUCCACAGUCAUCCCGCGAAAGAUCUAUAGAAAGGGACGAGGAAUCAACGUCAACGCGACGUUUAAACGAGCCCUUUGAUGAACGCGAGGAAUCCUCGAAUCCUAUGGAGUUCUCCGAAGAUGAGAACAUGACCUCAAAGAUCGAAGACAAAAACGAACAAAUGCCAGAUUGCUCUGCAGUGAAAACUGGGAAAACGUGUUUGCCCCAGCGAGCUGCGCUUUUAAAGUCAAUGUUAAAUUUUGUAAAGAAAACAAUCCAGGAUCCGGCGUUCUCUGAUAGCAUUAGGCAUGUCAUGGAGGGCACCUUACCCUCCUCUUUGAAACACAUUAUCAGUAAUUCCGAGUAUUAUGGUCCUUCGUUGUUUCUUCUUGCUACCGAUGUCGUAACGGUCUAUGUUUUUCAAGAACCGUCAUUACUAUCCUCCCUACAAGAUAAUGGAUUGACUGACAUUGUAUUACAUGCUUUACUUAUUAAAGAAGUUCCUGCAACUAGAGAAGUUCUAGGCUCAUUACCUAACGUGUUCAGCGCUCUCUGUUUAAAUCAGCGUGGAUUGGAGUCGUUCGUAAAACGACGUCCAUUUGGACGGUUAUUUAAAGUCUUACUAUCGCCAGUCUACCUUUCCGCGAUGAGAAGGCGUCGAAGUGCAGAUCCUUUGGGUGACACGGCGACGAAUCUAGGCAACGCCAUGGACGAACUAAUGAGACACCAACCGAGUUUGAAGGUUGAUGCAAUCGCUGCCAUCAUAAAACUGUUAGAGAAACUUUGUGUCUUGGGCUGUGAUCCUCGAUACGUGUGUCUACGAGCUGCAAGUAAAUCCGAUAAUUCGCCAUCGAAUUCAACGUCUGGAAAUCGCCAGUCUUCUGGACAAUCCGUUGGAGUCGGAGUCGGAGACUCCGGCGGCGGCGGAGGAGGCGGAGGAGGUGGAAGUAGUAGCGACGAAGAAGAAGAAGAUGAAGAGGAAGCCAGUACAAGUUCUCAUCCUCAGCGCGAGGAACAACCGUCGCCAUCGCCGGCUCAACCUGGUCCACCGCCGCAGCCAAGGGAAAAAACACCGAUAGCUCUGGUGGAAUACAUACACAACGUUAUGAAAUUCGUCGACGCUAUUCUCAGUAACAACUCUACGGACGAUCAUUGUAGAGAAUUCGUUGCCCAGAAAGGUCUAGUGCCGCUAUUGUCCAUUCUGGGAUUACCUAAUCUUCCAGUGGACUAUCCAGUUGCGCAGGCGGCUCAGUCUGUAGCAACAGUUUGUAAAAGUAUCUUGAAUCUUGCGCACGAGCCACUAGUGCUGAAGACUGGCCUGUCUCAGUUGAACGAAGUGCUGAAUUUAUUGAAACCUCUCCACAAUCACACGGACACAUCUGGUGGUUCUGUUUUGUUACACGAACUUGCGUCUGCCCCGAAUUUGGAGACUGCUUUUACGAGCGACACUGCAACACCUUUGCUGCAUGCCAUGAACGCUGCUCAUGGAUAUGUAGUAAUGUUUGUUCACGUGUGCCGCACUAGCCAAAGCGAAGUUAGGAAUCUGUCUAUGAACCACUGGGGAUCUGGGCUUGGUUUAACUGUCUUGAAAGGUCUCACACAGCUAUAUAUGUCGCUGGUUUGGGAAAGCACACUGUUGCUGGCACUGUGCAGUGAGGACAGUAUACCAGCCGGAUGCGACUUUGGAAAGGAAGAUAUGGAGAAAUUGGUGCCACCUGAGUUAAAGAACGAUGGCGAAACUUCUGGCUGGUCAGGUGGUGUAUCCUCAGAUAUGGGAAGUAAUGGAAUGACUACAGCCAUGGAAGCCUUGAGUACAGAUCCACCACCUGUACCCAUGGAGGUGGACGAUAAACCAAAUGCUGCUGGUGCAGGCAGAGUAUCGCCAAGUUCCUAUCAGCUCAAGUACAUUAAACCUUUAUUGGGGGCUUCGUCUAGAUUGGGCAGAGCACUGGCAGAGUUGUUUGGUCUACUUGUAAAGCUUUGCAUGGGUUCCCCGAUGAGACAACGUAGAGGACAACAGAUGCCUUUAACACCAGCUCUACCUUCGCCAGCAGCUAGAAGCGUGGCAACUGCCUUAAAUUCUUUAUUGAUCCGUGGAUUGACGUGGGAUCAAUUACCUCCAUCGCGGAUACCCAAGUUUAAAUUGACCUUCUUGAUAUGCUCUCUAGGUUUCACAUCGCCGAUGCUGUUUGAUGAAAAGAGGCAUCCGUAUCAUUUGAUGCUUCAAAAAUUUGUUAGACAAGGCGGGCAGUAUGCAUUUUUUCACACUUUUCGUUGGGCAUUAUCUGGCGAAGGACAGUUUCCUGUGUCAGAAGGAUUAGAACAUCCUAAUUUGCCAGACGGCACUGGAGAAUUCUUAGACGCAUGGCUUAUGCUUUUGGAGAAAAUGGUGAAUCCUAAAGCUAUUUUAGAUUCGCCGCAUCUUAUCACUCCAAAGUUUACUGGAAUAUACAAAAUGUAUGAAUUCGAUCCGAUAAAGUACCUCACCAAUAUUCACAAGAAAGCCUUUGAGGCGGUGAUGCUAAUGUGGGGCAAGAAACCUUUGAAAAACUAUGGAGCUCGUAUGACAGAAUCAAUUUUGUCUAUUUUACGGCAUAUCUUGAGGGGUGAAAAAAUUAUUAAGGAACGUACGGAGAAGGAAGAAAUUAGCGAGGGAGCAAUUACUGGCAGCACCAGCGGUACCAGUGGAAUUGGAAGGACAGGAGCAGGAGCCAUCUCUGACCGCAGAGAGGAACCGGAAUCAGAAGUAAAUCAAGAACAUCUCAGACAGUUGAUGGACAUGGGAUUCAGUAGAGCACAUUGCAUUGAAGCUUUGCUGCAUACGUUAACGGUUGAACAAGCCACAGAUUACCUUCUUACUAAUCCUGCUACGCUACGUAGAUCGGAUGUGCCAGCCGGAGACGGUAGUGGUCAAGGUCUCAUAAUGGACUUAGAAUUGGACGAUGACCAAAUAAUGCAUGCCAUCGCAAUGUCAUUAGGAGAAACAGAAACGCGAAAAGCUUCUGGUUUAGAAAAGUUCCCGGAGGAGCUUAUUUGCGAACCUACUAUAACGAGCAGUAUAGAUGAAUUUACAAAUACUGCUUUGAGCCAGUGUUUAAAUUUGUUGGAUCUCAUGCCUGACACCGUAUACAGAAUCUGUGAUCUAUUGGUUACAAUUACAAAGAGGAACGGAGAUGAGUGGCGGAAUAACAUGUUGCUACAACUUAUAAAAGAGAUCGGUAGUCUAGUGGAUUACUUGAUUGACAUCGCCGAAAGUCAAGAUCCAAACGCUGGUACAAGAUUAGUAGAAUGCGAAGAAGCUAACAAAGUUGCUGGACGUAUUUAUCUUUACACUUUAUUCUUCGAAGGGACACUCCAAGAAAUGCGAGUAGCUUGCGCCCAAAUUGUGAAACAAUGUGGUGUCUCAGAAUUACUCGUACGGUUGUUGGUAGUAAGCGAGGGACCGCUUACAGCUAAUAAAAAUAAAGUUUCCAAAGAUAACAAGGAUGGGACAGCUACUACAAAAACUCCAAAGUGGCUUGCACCUUUGCUGCUUCUCAUAGACCGCUUAGAAAAAGUGGCAAUAUCAACACUGAGGACACUGUUAAUGCACAAGGUGACACGCAGAGUCUGGAAAUGGUUUGACUUGAAUACAGGAGAAUGGACAGUGUACUCUCCAAUAAACAAUCGAAUAAUCAACGAUGCUUACUGGGCUGAUGAACCUAGUGUACGGAUCACGUGCAGCAGACGUAGAUACCUGAUCACCUUUUCGUCAAUGACACAAGUGAACGAGGAAAGUGACAACAGAAGACCGAUCACAAUGAAUUUCAAAUUGUUCCCUGUGGCCGAUUAUGGUCCGGUGGAGCACAUGAGGAAGACGUUUGUACAGGGACUGGAUCCUAGUGUGAUCCCAAGCAUUAUACGUACCUGUGUAAAAUUAUUGGCGAUUCCGGUGGAUCGAGAUGCCUUGCACGCGUUAAUGAAGGUCUGUUUACGAUUGACGCGAGAUUACGAGAAUGCAGCGAUCUUUGCUCGCGAAGGUGGUGUGAAACUUCUAUUGGAAAUGACACAGGCGAGCAGUUUCAUCGGAUGUAUCAGUCUAAGUACCCUACUUAUUCGGCAUACUUUAGAGGAAUCAAAUACGCUUCGGCAAGCCAUGGAGAAGGUUAUUCGAACUCGCACCCAGGGCAACAUACCUCCACCGUACAAAGAAAUUUUGUUUAUGACUCGUCAGAUCAGCAGUGCUGUUUGUCGUAAUCCAGAAGUCUAUAGAGAAGUUUGCGAAAAGAUUCUCAGAGUGGACGUUAGCCUGUUAAGACGAGAUUUUGAUCACAGAUUAAUCGUGAAAGCUCUACCUCCGAGCCAGUCGCAGAAUACCACGAUGGCGGAAGAAGUAUCGGAAGUAUCGGUAUAUGUGGUACAAGACCUAUUGAAUGCUCUUAUAAAAUCUGUGCCAGUUAUUCCUGACGAUGGUGCAGCGUCCCCUACCGGAAGUCCCGAGAAGAAAACGUCUCACUCGAAUUCUACCGUAGGAACGACAUCUUCUAGACGAGACGGUCUUAGAAACAACGCGACAACAACGAACGAUCCUUUGGACGACGACGAUCAAGUCUCCCAGAUAAUCCCACUGAAAAUCUACCCGGAUGUCGGUAACAACGGUAAAGUCGAGCCGGAAGAAGCAAAGAAGCCUUUGUUAGCCAAGUCUGCGAUUCUAAAGAUACUCGCGGAAGCUGUUCGUUCUUACAACGGAAUCGCCGACUUAAUUACGGAGCAUGUGUACGUUGCUGAGCAAGGUGAGAUGGUGACAGAAGACACAACUGCGCUUGCUUUCCUUUUGGACAAGCUUCUACCGAUGUUGCCGGAGAAUUCGAGCGACAGACAAUGCAGUAGCACGGCACGAAUGUUGAUAGCUGCUAUUGCCUCCUGUAACCAUUCUCCGGAUGUCCAAACAACCUUGGUCACCGAAGUGAAGGCCGCGUUAACGAGAACGUUGGCGCUUCCCGAAAGCUCGGAGAAACACGCGCAACUUCAGUUGUUGAUCGGUCUGAUAUCGACCAUGAUCGACAGCUGUCCGCCAACACCGAAUAAUCAGUUGAGAGCCUCUUUAAAGAUGCACCAGUACAAUAAUGUCAAUUAUAUCGUGAGGAUCAUGUUGAGAAAGGGUAUAAUCACCGACUUGGCAAAAAUCCCACACAGUCUCGAUCUUUCCAGUCCAAACAUGGCUGGCACCAUCAACGCCGCCCUGAAACCUCUCGAGACACUUUCCAGAAUCAUAAAUCAACCAAUGCCAGGCACUGUGCAUAAUAAAUUUUCAAAGCCUAAAAACAGAACGGUUCCGGAGGACCCGAUCGGGGAACAAACGGAAACCACAACGUCCGAGGCAACUCACGCGGUUGGCGAGGAAGCGAACGAAGAUGCUGAAAAUACUGAACACGAUAUAUCCGUCACUGCCGAGAGCCUUGAACCUACUUCAGAGGGUCAGGUGCACGAGGAGGGUGACGAAGCUGCAUUGGAAGACAUCAUGGAUCAGCUGCUUGAAAGUGUACUAUUUUCCAGGGACGGCUCAGCCGUGACAGAAGAACAGUCUUCUCGGUCGCACAGGCCAAUGGAUAUUGACGACGAAAGUCUUGCUAUACGCGACGGGGAGGCUGACUUUGACCCUACACGAUUUCUAUCUUCUUCGGAGGAUCUAAUGAGUUCCGAUUCAGAUUCCGAUAGCAAUCCCUCCGAUGAUAAUGAAGACGAAGUACAAGAUGAAGAAGACGAGGAAGAGGAGGAGGAAGAUGAUGGAGAGGAGAAUGAAGAAGAGGAAGAGGAGGAGGAAGAAGGCUCUUCUAAUUACGAAGAGGAUGGAAUCGAGUUUUAUGAAGAUGUCGAAAGUGGUGUCUUCAGAAUGUUCCCAUCUACCGAACGUGACGGAAGUAACGUUGUAAUGAUUCAACAUAAUAUUGACAAUCAGGACAAUUUGAACACUUCCACUCCUGUUACACCACGACCCAGUAUUCCAUGGACUACUACAUUUCCUCUACCUCUGGGGCUUUUCGAAGACCCAUCUUCAGUUUCCGAAGGCAAUGGUAUAAAUUCUCACCCGUUGCUAAUACCACAGGGCAGUUUGGACGUUGCUAGUACAAGAGCUCCGAGAGCUCCACGGCAACGGAGGUAUCAGUUCCUUCAAAUACAAAAUCCACGAAAUCCGAAUCCGCCAGUAAUCUUACAAAGGUUAUUAGGACCAGCCGCACAAGCGAUUCCCCUGCCUGCUAGUCAGGUUUUAGCCUCCAGCUUCCGAGACACGCGUGUCGUUGUAAUGGAUAAUGGUCUUGGAAUCUUUACCAAUCAGGAAGAGGAACAAUUUGAUUUCGUGGAUCAAUCUGGCUAUCUUUUUGGACCCAGUCUAGCAGCCACGUUGAACAACAUUCCAACAGCAUUGCAUUGGUGGAUUGAAGAAAGUAAACUGUUGGAUGGAGAUUCUCAGGCAGACUGUUGCGCUGGUGUUGUAUUUAAAUUGAUUCCUAACCUGGUGAAGCAUCGAGAUGCUGAACUAGCUGAACGAAAAGAGAGGCGUAAGAAGCAACACAGUUCUGAAAAGAAAGGUGAAAAAGAUGGCAAAGAGGAGAAAGAUCAUCUAAAUAAUACGGAAUCGAGUUCUUCCACUGUGAUACCUAUAGAAGAGCAAAUAUCGGCGGCUUCAACGUCCCAAAGAGAGGACGCGAGUAACCUGGUCACUUGCAUCGAAACCACUCCUGUCGAAGCAACUCGACAGGAACGUACGCCCGACGAAGAUAUAAUCGACGUGACCGGCGAAAUGGAAGUAACAGUCCAAGAUGACGAGGAACGACCUCCGCCGCCUCCACCACACGAGCAAGUAACGCCCUCGGAGCCUAGAGACCCACGAAUAAGUAAUAGAAACUCAACUUUGGAACUGGCAGAGAGUAUCGUCGACUCCGUACUCGGCCCAUGUGCGACUGAAGCAAGCCGACUAAGACAGUCGGAACGGCCCGCAGAAGCAUCGAAUCCCAACGAAACGUCUAGUCGGCCCAACGCAUCCAUAGUAGUUGAUUUUAGUCAAGAAGGUAACGAAGACUUGUUAAGAGAAAGUGUCUCGUUUGAUUGGAUCAGAAGGCUUUUAACCGAUGACAGUCAAUCAAACGUUGAACGAAAUGCAAAUGUACUCAAUCAAGAUCCCACCACUUCAGCAUCAGAAAACAUUAAUCCAGAGCCGUCAGAACAGCAACAACCGCAACAACAACAGCAACAACAGCAACAACAACAACAACCAGAACAAUCACAACAACAGCAGCCACAGGAGCAACAACUACCAGAUGGAGUGGAUCCAUCCUUCUUGGCUGCUCUGCCAGAAGACAUGCGUGACGAAGUCAUAGCUGAACAGCUUCGACUUCAACGAAUUCGCAUACGAGCUCAAGCUACCGUCGUUGAGGAAUUAACCGGACCGGUUGAGGUUAAUCCUGAAUUUUUGGCUGCCUUACCACCAGCGAUUCAGGAAGAAGUACUUGCGCAACAACGCUUAGAGCAACAACGACAUGCGGCCGCGUCUGCUAAUCCAGAUGAUCCGGUUGAUGCAGCCGCGUUUUUCCAGAAUUUGCAACCUUCUUUGAGACAAGCGAUAUUGACCGACAUGGAGGAGUCACAGAUAUCCGUUCUUCCGCCAGAUCUGGCACAAGAAGCUCAAAAUCUUCGGAGAGAAUGGGAGGCUCGAAAUCGAGAUUUAAUGCAACAAAGAUUUCUUAGUCAUGUUAGUCAAGGAAAUGCUACCUUGUCCAGUAUAUUAAGGCAUUCUGGUAGAUGUAGAGGUGGUGCUACACGUUAUGCAAUUCAGGCGGUAGCACAAAGAGGACAAUGGGAUCCGUUGAUGCGUGGUGAUACUAGUAUAACACACCAGGGUGCGGGUCUCCGACUCAGAGGCAGACAAUUGCUGGACCAUGAGUCGAUGGCCUGCCUAUUGGUAUUACUGUUUGUUGAUGAACCAAAAAUUAAUACAUUAAGGUUUCAUAGAGUUAUCAGGAAUCUUUGCUAUCACGGUAGUACAAGAGACUGGGUAGUCAAAGUUUUACUAAGUAUCAUGGAAAAAAGUAACGAUGAGAAUAAAGAUAUUGCUGUGGAUUUCGGUGGAAAAUUCAAAAGAAAAAGUUUGAUGCCCACGAUGGACUACUGUUCUCCCAAACUUGUCGAUCAAAGGAACAACGCACAGUCGUGGUUAAAUAUCAGCAUCGAUGCUGCACUUGGCUGCCGAGCAAACGUUUUUCAUAUUGUUAGACACGGUGGUAAGAAAUCAGAGAGGCAAGGCAGCAGUAUCGCCAUUCACCCACAAGCUGCACCCACAGUGUGCAGAAUGUGUUGCGAUUUAAUGUCUUCAAAAUUCAUAUCGAUUCGAAUUGUAUUCGAAUUUUUUAUGAUCCCUGGAUAUUUUGUGCCAAUUAAGCCUAAAGAGUCCGAAGAGAAGGAUUCAAACAAUAAGGAUGAGGCUUGCUCAAAGGGCAAGUCCGCCUCGAAACCAGGAAAGAGCGACCAACCGGAUUUCUGGGAUAUUUUAUUAAAACUAGACUCGUGUGCCUCGAAGAAAGGAAAGUCAGUUGCCAGGACACAUUCAAAUUCGAACUUGGGAAACGAACCAGAACAUAGUACGGCUACUUUUGAAGCUUCUGCCUUCGGUCAAUUAAUUUCUAUGUUGAAUUGGUCAGUCAUCAAGCGUAGCAGUCAGUUAACAGAUAAAUUAUUGCGACUGUUGUCACUGAUCUCAAUCGGGUUGACGGAAGUGAACCCGUACCACAGACAGGAGGGAAAUAAAACUAAAAAGACCGAAGGCAACAAAGAACUGAGUGUAGCUGCACCUGAAGAACAUCUCAGAUUGGCUGUACAAGUACUGACUAGCAAAAGUUGUUCCGAAGAGGGUCUGGAAGAUGCAACUGCUCUGUUGCUUAAUUUGUCUCACUGCCCUGACCCAACUAGGCAACUGAUAUUAAAAUUACUCAUGGAAGGCGCAAUGGAACUGGCUAACAUGGUCUGCGAACACAUAAAAGAUUUAAUGAUGGAAUUGAAGGUUUUGAAUCGCGAAUUAAGAAGGAAUUCUAUGGAAGAGCAACCUUCAACUAGUACUGGUGGAUCCCGUGGAAUUCUCAUGGACAGGUUUACAAACGAAAGUGUAGUUGUUACUGCUCCAAGCAAGGUCAAAGCUGGAAGUGAUCUUCAGCUGCCAUCAAUGGCUGCUCUUGUUAGUAAAACCUCUAGUCAGGCAUUCUUCUUGAGAAUACUUAAAGUAAUUGUACAAAUAAGGGAGGCCGUACGUCUGGCAAACGCUAAGAAGACAACCAAUCAGACUACGGAAGGUACCGGUGAGACUGCAAGUACGAAUCAAGCUCCAGAUGAAGCCGAUGAUAAUGCCGACGGUGAUGUGCCUAUGGAUACGACGCAAGCAAACUCAUCUCAGUCUGACAAUGUGAAAUCAACUGUCGCCUCUGAUGAAAAACUUCCAUUGUUAAGUGAAUGUUUAGUACUGGAUCAUUUAUGGGAAACACUCAGCGCCUGUCUAUUGGAAUUAGAAUAUACUCCAGAUCAUCACGCUGUUUUAGUUUUACAGCCUGCCGUGGAGGCCUUUUUCCUAGUUCACUCAUCGUCUAGCGCCUCUCGGGAACGUCAACUGACUACAAAUGCAGAAAACCGCGAGGUUGUACCAGACCUGGCGCCGGUGUCGCCGAUAUAUUCGGACAACGAGGGCACAUCCCAAUCGGAAGCCGCUAUUAACACUUCCUGGGACAUGACACCUCCUCCACAAAAAACAUUACCACCGGACCAAGUCAAGUUCCUUAAAUUUGCUGAAACACAUAGAACUGUUUUAAAUCAAAUCCUUCGUCAGACAACUACACAUUUGGCGGAUGGGCCAUUCUCUGUGUUAGUGGAUCACACGAGAGUCCUUGAUUUCGACGUGAAGAGGCGGUAUUUCCGAGCAGAAUUGGAACGAAUGGACGAAGGUAUUCGAAGGGAAGAACUGGCCGUGCAUGUACGCAGAAGCCAUGUAUUCGAAGACUCGUUCCGAGAGCUUCACAGGCGAAACGCCGACGAAUGGAAAAACCGAUUUUACAUUGUCUUUGAAGGCGAAGAAGGACAGGAUGCCGGAGGAUUGCUCAGGGAGUGGUAUGUCAUCAUUUCCAGAGAGAUUUUCAAUCCUAUGUACGCUCUGUUUACUGUGAGUCCUGGUGACCGAGUGACAUACAUGAUCAAUUCUUCUUCGCAUUGCAAUCCCAAUCAUUUGUGUUAUUAUAAAUUCGUCGGUCGUGUUAUUGCUAAAGCAAUUUACGACAACAAGCUCCUGGAAUGUUAUUUCACGCGAAGUUUUUAUAAGCACAUCUUGGGAAUAUUGGUGAAGCACACGGAUAUGGAAAGCGAAGAUUAUAGUUUUUACAAAGGAUUGGUAUACCUUACGGAACACAAUAUCGCCGAUCUUGGAUACGAAUUAACCUUCUCUACAGAGGUGAAUGAAUUCGGUGUAAACGAUGUUCGAGAUCUAAUACCAAAUGGACGGAAUAUCGUCGUUACCGAAGAAACGAAAUUAGAAUACAUUCGACUUGUUUGUCAAAUGAAAAUGACUGGAGCAAUUCGAAAACAGUUGAACGCGUUCCUAGAAGGUUUUUAUGACAUUAUUCCAAAACGACUGAUUUCCAUAUUCAACGAGCAGGAACUUGAACUGCUUAUCAGUGGAUUACCCAACGUAGAUAUCGAAGAUCUUAAAGCCAAUACCGAGUAUCAUAAAUAUACCGCGACUUCUUUACAAAUCCAAUGGUUCUGGCGAGCACUGCGAGGUUUCGAUCAAGCAGACAGGGCCAAAUUCUUACAAUUUGUCACCGGAACGUCAAAAGUGCCGUUACAAGGAUUCGCUGCUUUGGAAGGAAUGAACGGUGUACAAAAGUUCCAAAUUCAUCGUGAAGACAGAUCGACAGACAGGCUUCCAUCAGCUCAUACAUGUUUUAAUCAGCUGGAUCUACCCGUUUACGAAACGUAUGACAAGCUCCGUACGAAUUUACUGAAGGCGAUCCAUGAAUGCAGCGAAGGGUUCGGUUUCGCCUAAAUUCUUUGCUAGGUUGAGCAAAUCAUGCGGCAAUUUCGCACGAAAGCUCGAAGAGCGAAGACAACGGGUAUAAACAAUAAAAUAGAGUAAGGGAAGUCGAGAAAGACAAAGAAAUGAGAAAAAAAAAUUGCUAAACAAUUGUAAAAGUACCGUAAGAACGCUUGAUCUUCGCUCAAGAUCUAGUAUAAAAUGUUUACUCUGCUAUAUGCAUAUUAAAACUAAAAAGGCGUAUGUAUAUACGUAUAGUUAACGAUGAUUGUAAUUACCGAUGAUUCGUCGCUAGAGUUUAUUUUGUUGAACGAUCUUAAGGGAGAGACGCAGAGCUUAACGAUAAUUCCCGACAAGGAAGGAGAAGACUUAAUCGGACACAAAUUUAGUUAAGGACCUCUACGAUUAAGAUAUAAACAAAUAAGGAGAAAGAACUCGGUGUAAUUCAUCGUUAAGAGAAAGUGGCGGGCUUUUGAAUUGAAUGUAAUAUAAAUUGCAAUUCGAAGCCGAAAGCUCUCCUCUUUAGCAGAGAUUUUGACAGGGGGUGAGGAACGAACAGUUUUUUUGGUUUUGCCGUACGUGAGGAGGCAAAGAAGUGAAGGUAACAGAUGAAAAUGAUGGAAGAAACGUAUGCCUGUGAUCGGUCAGAAUACGUGUUUAUUUCUUCAAAGAUAUACGUGAAAGAAAAGAGAUGUACAAGUGAGAGAUGCUAGAAUGCAUAGAAGAAACAUUUAAGUGUGUGAUUACAUGGGUAUAUAUGGAUGUGUACAUGUGUAUGUGUGCGCGUGUACGUGUAGUGUGUAUGAUACUUGAACAAGAGUGUGAGAGAGAGAGAGAGAGAGAGAGACAGGAUUAUUCAAGAAUCGAUUAGACAUGAGCCUAAAAUACGAAAAAAGAAAACAUUUCAAGAUGUGUUCUACCCUUACACUCGCAAAAACAUCUAUGGUUGUACACUAUUAGUAUUAAUAAUUAUAAUAUUAUCUAAUUCUUAAUCGAUAGUAAUUAUCAUUAAUUAAUAUCGUUUUAAUAUUAAUCAUUGGAGAAACGUGAUGUUGAAAAAACGGAAAUCGUGUCACUUUCUUCCCUUUUCUUUUUUCCUAUGGACAGCGCGCAAUCGCUCGUCCGCUCGCCUGGUUAUCUCCGAAUCCGAUCCUCGAUGUUCCUCUGCCAAUCUUUAUCAACUUCUGCUCUGAGAAAGUAAAAUUUCAACUUUGCAAAUCGAAAGGAUGUUAAUUUUUGUAAACACAUCGAAUGGGACAAUAUAUAUAUAUCGUUUUUGGAAGAGAGAGAGAGA